GUGAAGAAGCGGAGAACGUCUUGUGCCGGCUUCUGCAGGGAACGCUGCAUUCAAUGUCUGUCCUGUAGAUGAAACGUUAUUGAAGUCAAAUAUACACCAAACGAACCGGCUGUCCUCAGGGUCUUCCUAACAGCUCCCUGGGAAAGGGUUCGCAUAGUAUGGUGUCAACUUGCGGAGAAAGCCCUUCACAACUUGCAAGACUCUCUCUCUGUCCAUCAAUGCAUCACCGUCAUGCUGUCAGUGCAGAAUGGCUGAUCAGCAGUGCCAGCAGCACUAUAGCGCAGCAGCUGCUGAUCAGGGUUGCGUAGCCUCUUUUCCAGCUAAGAGCAUCAUAUGCGCAGCGACAAACAACCAGUUGGCUCUGAAGCAGUAUGCUAAGGUUCGAAGGCAAGUGGUCGAUUGCACGCCUGAUCGUGCUUGAAUGCUUGAGUGCUUGAGUGCUGCCGGGUGCCGCGCGCCGCCAAUUGUUUUGAAUUGCAACCAGCGAUGGCAAAAGCAGGGCUUGGCUUUCAGCAAGUAAUUGACAGAGUCAACUCGCAGCUUUGUUCAAUCGACCACCACCUCCAUCAGACACAUGGGGGCCCAAGGCUCGGAAUCCUCUCCAUUCAGAGCGACGCAUUUGGAAUGGCGCGUAGGCAAGCUGUAAUGCCAGGCAAGGGCCGACUACAUGCUGAUCCUUUAAGCGGCGUUGAUAGCGCUAAGCAAUUUUCUGGUAAACAGACUGGUCUCACUGCAUUUCACAGCCCCAUCAUCAAAAACAACGAGGUGCUCAAGAGGUCAAAAACUGAUGCAAUGGAGAGGUUUGGGGUGGUGAUGUGCAUGGGCCUGGAGAGUGGAUCUACUUCUUCGCUGAAAAAUCCUCCAGAAGCAGAUAAUGGAACAAGCAAUGACUUAGAGGGGUUGGCUCGUCGCCCGAGUACUCCAGAUCCUUCAGAAGUUGGAACAAGCUAUCAAGCACAGAAUGAGGAGAAUGGACGAUGGCAAUCAGGAGGAAGUAGCGAAACGGAGAAGGAGACACUGCUUGAGAUGGCAGAAGGCAGACGAGCGGCACCCUGGUUUCCAGUGGAACCUAUCUGGCAGGCCUCGGAGCAGGACGCACUCCGUGACGAGCACCUCCGCCGCAUGCUGGCGCCUGCAUGGCGCGUGCUUCUGCUCAGCGACGGCUCUGUCACACGGCACCUACAGCUGCUGUCCGACUUUGGCUCCGUGACCGCGGACUGCUUCCAGAUGGCGGAGAUCGGGGACGACCUCGCAGGCCUGCCGCCGGGAGCGGAGCUCGUGCCGGGCCCGCGGGUGCAGCGACAGGUCUGGCUGCGGACGGCGGACGGGCAGCCCCUAGUGUACGCGGCGUCCUGGUGGUCCGCCCGGGAGGUGCGGGGUUAUUUGAAGGAAGUGCAGAAACCCAUCUGGGUUAACCUGAGCGAGACGCGGGCGGAGCUCUACCGGGACGUGCAGCGGCUGUAUCUCGGAUUUUCGGACGAACUAGAGAGGGCUUUCGGGGUUCCUGGGCCUUUCUGGAGCCGGCACUAUGUAUUCUACCAUGACGGAAGGCCGUUGACUCUGAUCUACGAGGUAUUCUCCAGGUCGCUCGAACAGUAUAUUGGGCCCAUGCAUCCUGCAGACAAGUCGAGGACAAACUGAAUCGACGGGUCUUGUUUCAUGGCUGUUGAGAACGAACGCCGGUAUGAUCGUUCACACGAUGUAUCGAGACUUUGAGC